AUGAGAAAGAAGGGGGGAAGACGACGUCCUGAUAGUUCAUUCCUCCCUUUUAAGCAGAUGCUUCAUGAUUGUGGGAUGCUAGAGUUUCCUUUCACGGGGGACAUGCUCUCUUGGGUGGGGAAGCGAGCAGGCGGAUCAACUGUUCGAUGUCGCUUAGACAGAGCAGUAGGAAAUGCAGAUUGGCAUGAAAAGUUUCCCCAUUCGGCGGUGAAGUAUAUGCGGUUAUGGGGAUCGGAUCAUCGUCCGAUUCUGGCAGACAUUCUUAUAAAGCCGAUGAGAAGAUCAAAAAAGUUCAAGUUUGACAAAAGAUGGUUGGAUAAUGAGGAGCUAAGACAAGUUAUCCUUGAGGGAUGGAAAUCUCCUGAUCUUCCUCCCAAUGCAACGAUUAUGGAACAUAUUUCCAGUUGUAGAAAAGCUUUGAGUGAGUGGCGGAAGCAACAUAAUGUCAACUCGGCGAAAUUAGUGGAGGACCUUAAGGAAAAAGUGGAGGGUUUAUAUGCAGAUAAUAAUGCCCUAACUGAAGAAAUUGCAGCAGCUUUGAAGGAACUCUCUGAUGCUCUUAAAGCUGAAGAAAUGUUCUGGAAACAGAAAAGUCGGGUGUUCUGGCUGAGAGAAAGAGAUAGAAACACAAAAUUCUUUCAUGCCUUGACAAAGCAAAGAAGGGCAAGAAAUAAGAUCACACAGCUCUUAGAUGAGAAUGGGAAUAUUGUUGAGGAUGAAGAAGGACUAGUUGCCAUUGCUACUAGUUACUUUAGACAUAUUUUUGAAUCAUCAAAUCCAGAGGACAUUGAAGAGGCGCUAGCUCAAGUUCCUUCCACGAUCACUGGUGCAAUGAAUGACAAUCUUAUCGCCCCGGUCACUGAAUGGGAGGUCAAAUUAGCGCUUUUUGCUAUGCAUCCAGAAAAGGCCCCUGGGCCAGAUGGGAUGACUGCGCUUUUCUAUCAAAAAUUUUGGGAUAUAGUAAAGGAGGAUUUAACUCUUAUGGUUAAUCAAUUCCUCUUUGAGGGAACAAUGGCGAGUGGACUGAAUGAUACAAAUAUAUGCCUCAUCCCGAAGAUACAAAAGCCUAAUGCGAUGGCUCAGUUCAGACCCAUUAGUUUGUGUAACGUCAGCUACAAGAUAAUCUCUAAGGUCUUAUGUCAGAGAUUAAAGAAAGUGUUACCAGGCCUGAUAUCGGAAACCCAGUCAGCCUUUGUUGCUGGGAGACAGAUCUCAGACAAUAUUAUGAUCGCACAAGAGAUGUUCCACGCUCUGAGGACUAAACCAAGUGGGCGCAAUAAGAGGAUGGCCAUUAAAACUGACAUGAGCAAAGCAUAUGAUAGGAUGGAAUGGUCUUUUAUUGAAGCUGUCAUGCGCAAGAUGGGCUUCUCAGAAAUUUGGAUCGCAUGGAUAAUGAGAUGCAUUUCGUCGGUGAAAUAUAAGCGGAUUACUGCAACAAGUAAACAAGAGAUUAAAGAUGUGUUGGGAAUUCAAAAUGAAGGUGGAAUGGGUACGUAUCUAGGGAUCCCGGAAGACAUCAGUGGCUCUAAGUGCAAACUUUUUGCGUUUCUGAAGGAUAAGCUGAUGCAUAGAGUGAACGUAUGGACAUGUAGAUGGCUCUCAAAAGGAGGAAAAGAAGUGUUGAUUAAAUCUAUUCUCCUAGCUCUUCCGACAUACGUAAUGUCUACUUUCCUGCUCCCUUUGGAGAUAUGUGAAAACCUUGCAAGUGCCAUUGCUAAAUUCUGGUGGAGUUCAAACCCACCAAAAAGAGGGAUCCACUGGGCGAAAUGGGAAAAAGUCUGUUUACCAAGGGAAGAGGGUGGGAUGGGAUUUCGUAUGAUCCAUGAGUUCAACUUGGCUUUAUUGGCAAAACAAUUAUGGAGACUAGUUCAAUUCCCAGACUCAUUGGUGGCCAGGGUUUUAAGGGGAAGAUACUACAAGAUGAGCUCACCUCUCAGAGUAAUCUCUGCUAGUAACCCAUCAUACGUGUGGUCUAGCAUUAGUGCUGCGCGAAAGUUGCUUCUAACGGGAAUCAGACAGAAGAUACAUUCAGGCUAUGAAGUCAAGGUAUGGGAAGAUCCAUGGAUUCCAACGAUCCCAGUAAGACCAGCUCUCCCUAUAGCACCGGUACUGCAUCCUAACAUGAGAGUUAGUGAUUUCAUUGACCCGGAAACGAAAGAGUGGGAUGUUGGUCUUUUGGAGAGUUAUGUCAAUCCAGAGGACAUAACACUUAUAAGGAGUUUGGCCACAAGCUCAGCACAUCGUCGUGAUACAUUCUGCUGGAAUUACACAAGGAAUGGCCAAUACACGGUUAAAUCUGGAUAUUGGGUGGCUCAGAAUGUGUUAAUGACAGAGGGGGAAAAGGAAGUCCUAGAACCGAGUAUCACAAAGCUUCAAGCCUUUGCUUGGAAGAUAAAAGCACCUUCGAAGAUAUGUCAUCUUAUAUGGCAGCUAUUAACUGGUUAUGUGGCGGUAACGAGGAAUUUAGCAAGACGUAAUAUGAGAUGUGAUAACUACUGCCCAAGAUGUGGAGAGCUAGAAGAAUCUGUAACACAUGCUAUUUUCGAGUGUCCGCCAGCUCUACAAGUAUGGUCCUUAUCAGCGACUCCGUCUAGCCCAGGUCUAUUUCCAGUACCAAGUAUUUACGCAAAUAUGGAUUAUCUAUUUUGGAGGAAAAACAGCAUUAUCGAGCCGGAGCAGGACAUGGAUCCUUAUCCCUGGAUAAUUUGGUACAUUUGGAAGGCUAGGAACGAUAAACUUUUCAGGGGAAUAGACAGAGAUUCUUUGGAACUGGUUCGACAUGCAGAGACUUCUGCUCAGUAUAGUGGAUGUGGAUGGGUCUGGUUGGACAGUGGAGGAAACACUCAAUUGUUGGGGACAAGAAAUUUCGAUCGACGGGAAUCAGCUCUGCAUUCGGAAGUCGAAGCACUGCGGUGGGCAAUGGAGAACAUGCUUCAACACUCAACUUGCCAGAAUUUUGGGACAGAUUGUAAAGAGCUGAUAGCAAUGAUAAAGGAUCCUCAUGCCUGGCCUAGCUUUGCGACAGAGUUGGAAAGGAUAGAGACGCUGCUGAUUUGCUUUCCGGACUUCGACAUCAUUUAUGUUCCACGAGUGCGCAAUCAGUUUUCAGAUUUUUUAGCUAGGACUGCUAGAUCCUUCCAUAGGAAGUUACAUUUUAUUGGUCUUUCUGUUCCGGUCUGGUUAUCCAGUCCACCUCAAGUUUGA